AUGUUACUAGCAACUAGUGCUCAGACAAUAUUAACCUUUGCUCCUGUUCAAAUGAGUUCUGACAUGGUGAAUCUCUUAGAAAACUUUGAUGAUGUAUUUCAAACACCAAAGGGGUUACCCUCAACCAAGCUGCAAGACCACAGAAUUCCAUUAAUUGAUGAGAGUAAGGUAAUUAAAGUAAGACCUUAUAGAUAUCCAGCAGUGCAAAAAGCAGAUAUUGAAAAUCUUAAUCAUGAAAUGCUACAAACUGGGGUAAUUCGUGAUAGUAACAACCCUUUUGCUUCACCAGUUGUAAUGGAGCCUCCAAUUCAUUUACCCUAUCUAGUAGGAACAUCUAAUGUAGAGAAAUUUGACAGAAACCUUCAACAUAGACAAACUAUGAGGAAACUACUUAGGUUUCACUUAAAACGUACUCAAGAAAGAAUGAAGCAGAUGGUCGAUAGAAAAAGGUCUGAUAGAGAAUUUCAGGUUGGAGACUUAGUCUACCCGCGACUUCAACCUUACAGGCAACAUUCGAUGAGGAAGAUUAAGAACCAAAAGCUCUCACCUAAAUAUUUUGAACCUUAUCUAGUGGAAGCUAAGGUGGGGAAGGUAGCUUACAGAUUACAGUUGCCUCAUAGAGCUCGAAUACACUCAACCUUCCAUGUCUUACAACUGAAGAAGUACAUAGUUUCAGCUAUCGGUUCACUAAUGUUACUCCUAACAGGAUCUGAUGGUGUCAUAUUGAAGGAACCAAUUAAUAUUCUAGAGAGGAGAAUGAUAAGGAAAAGGAUCAAGCUAUAA